GAAGGCCCCCAAUCGGCGGCUCUCCGUCUGAACUGCGAAUCUGCGAAGACAAAUGAAUGGCGUUUAUAUAAAUUUUCAUCUGUCGUAGAUCGAAACCAUCCUGACUGCUAAACCGCUGUGCUGAGAUCCAGGAGCUGCUGUAGCUCAGUUGUCCUGAGUCCCGGACACUAAGAGGCAGACGCCAUGUUUCUGUACAACCUGACCCUGCAGCGUGCCACUGGCAUCACCCAUGCCAUCCACGGGAACUUCUCCGGAACCAAGCAGCAGGAGAUCGUUGUUUCCCGGGGGAAGAUUCUGGAGCUGCUGCGCCCUGAUGCAAACACAGGGAAGGUGCACACGCUGCUCACCAUGGAGGUGUUCGGCAUCGUCCGCUCCCUCAUGGCCUUCAGGCUGACGGGAGGAACCAAAGACUACAUCGUGGUGGGCAGUGACUCCGGCCGCAUCGUGAUCCUGGAGUACCACCCCUCCAAGAACAUGUUUGAGAAGGUGCACCAGGAGACCUUCGGCAAGAGUGGCUGCAGGCGCAUCGUCCCGGGACAGUUCCUUGCCGUCGACCCCAAGGGGAGAGCCGUCAUGAUUGGCGCCAUUGAGAAGCAGAAGCUGGUGUACAUCCUGAACAGAGACGCGGCGGCCCGCCUCACCAUCUCCUCCCCCCUGGAGGCGCACAAGGCCAACACCCUGGUGUACCACGUGGUGGGCGUGGAUGUGGGGUUCGAGAACCCCAUGUUUGCUUGUCUGGAGAUGGACUACGAGGAGGCAGAUAAUGACCCCACGGGGGAGGCGGCGGCCAACACCCAGCAGACCCUGACGUUCUACGAGCUGGACCUGGGCCUGAACCACGUGGUGCGCAAGUACAGCGAACCGCUGGAGGAGCAUGGGAACUUCCUCAUCACAGUUCCGGGGGGGUCUGAUGGUCCCAGCGGGGUGCUCAUUUGCUCUGAGAAUUACAUCACCUACAAAAACUUGGGCGACCAGCCUGACAUCCGCUGCCCAAUUCCACGCAGGAGGAAUGACCUGGACGACCCCGAGCGUGGCAUGAUCUUCGUCUGCUCGGCCACCCACAAGACCAAGUCCAUGUUCUUCUUCCUGGCGCAAACGGAGCAGGGAGACAUCUUCAAGGUCACGCUGGAGACGGACGAGGAGAUGGUAACGGAGAUCAGAAUGAAGUACUUUGACACCAUCCCUGUGGCGACGGCCAUGUGUGUGCUGAAAACCGGCUUCCUGUUUGUGGCCUCAGAGUUCGGCAACCAUUACCUGUACCAGAUCGCUCACCUGGGCGAUGAUGAUGAGGAGCCAGAGUUCUCGUCCGCCAUGCCCCUGGAGGAGGGCGACACCUUCUUUUUCCAGCCCCGCCCACUCAAGAACCUGGUGCUUGUGGACGAGCAGGAGAACCUGUCCCCCAUCAUGGCCUGCCAGAUCGCUGAUCUGGCCAAUGAGGACACUCCCCAGCUGUAUGUGGCGUGUGGCCGUGGGCCUAAGUCGACCCUCAGGGUGCUUAGACACGGGCUGGAGGUGUCAGAGAUGGCUGUGUCAGAGCUUCCCGGUAACCCCAACGCUGUGUGGACUGUACGCCGACACAUUGAAGAUGAGUUUGACGCCUACAUCAUCGUGUCCUUCGUGAACGCCACGCUGGUGCUGUCCAUUGGGGAGACCGUAGAGGAAGUGACAGACUCAGGCUUUCUGGGGACCACGCCCACCUUGUCCUGCUCGCUGCUGGGAGACGACGCGCUGGUGCAGGUGUACCCUGACGGCAUCCGCCACAUCCGCGCGGAUAAGCGAGUGAACGAGUGGAAGACCCCCGGGAAGAAGACCAUCGUGCGCUGCGCCGUCAACCAGAGACAGGUGGUGAUCGCGCUGACCGGCGGCGAGCUGGUCUACUUUGAGAUGGACCCCUCAGGGCAGCUGAACGAGUACACGGAGCGGAAGGAGAUGUCCGCGGAUGUGGUGUGCAUGAGCCUGGCCAACGUGCCCCCCGGAGAGCAGCGAUCCCGCUUCCUGGCUGUGGGAUUGGUGGAUAACACCGUGCGCAUCAUCUCCCUGGACCCCUCGGACUGUCUGCAGCCCCUCAGUAUGCAGGCCCUCCCAGCCCAGCCCGAGUCUCUGUGUAUCGUGGAGAUGGGCGGAGUGGAAAAACAGGAUGAGCUCGGGGACAAGGGCUCCAUCGGCUUCCUCUACCUGAACAUCGGGCUGCAGAAUGGGGUGCUGUUGCGGACGGUGCUGGACCCUGUGACCGGAGACCUGUCUGACACCCGCACUCGCUACCUGGGGUCACGACCUGUCAAGCUCUUCCGGGUCAGGAUGCAGGGGCAGGAGGCUGUGCUGGCCAUGUCAAGCCGGUCCUGGCUGAGCUACUCGUACCAGUCCCGCUUCCACCUGACGCCCCUGUCCUAUGAGACACUGGAGUACGCCUCAGGCUUCGCCUCUGAGCAGUGUCCCGAAGGCAUCGUGGCCAUUUCCACCAACACUCUCAGGAUUUUGGCUCUGGAGAAACUAGGCGCGGUCUUUAACCAGGUGGCCUUCCCCCUGCAGUACACACCUCGCAAGUUUGUGAUCCACCCAGAGACCAACAACCUGAUCCUGAUCGAGACGGACCACAACGCCUACACCGAAGGCACGAAGGCCCAGCGCAAGCAGCAGAUGGCAGAGGAGAUGGUUGAGGCGGCCGGGGAGGAUGAGCGGGAGCUAGCGGCAGAGAUGGCCGCCGCCUUCCUGAAUGAGAACCUUCCGGAGGCCAUCUUCGGAGCGCCCAAAGCCGGGGCAGGCCAGUGGGCCUCGCUGGUGCGCCUUUUCAACCCCAUCCAGGGCACCACCCUGGACCAGGUCCAGCUGGAGCAGAACGAGGCCGCCUUCAGUGUUGCCGUGUGCCGAUUCACCAGCGCUGGUGAUGAUUGGCAUGUGCUUGUGGGUGUGGCCAGGGACAUGAUCCUCAACCCGCGCUCGGUGGGCGGCGGCUACAUCUACACCUAUCGGCUCGUUGGGGGCGGAGACAAGCUGGAGUUCGUACACAAGACACCAGUGGAGGACGUGCCUCUGGCGAUCGCCCCAUUCCAGGGGCGUGUCCUCGUGGGCGUGGGCAAACUGCUGCGCAUCUACGACCUGGGCAAGAAGAAGCUACUCCGCAAGUGUGAGAACAAGCACGUGCCCAACCUGGUGACAGGUAUCCACACGGUGGGCCAGCGUGUCAUUGUGUCCGACGUGCAGGAGAGCCUGUUCUGGAUCCGCUACAAGCGCAACGAGAACCAGCUCAUCAUCUUCGCGGACGACACGCACCCGCGCUGGGUCACCACCGCCUGCCUGCUGGACUACGACACCAUGGCGUCCGCCGACAAGUUCGGCAACAUCAGCAUCGUCCGCCUGCCACCCAACACCAGCGAUGACGUGGAUGAGGACCCCACAGGGAACAAGGCAUUGUGGGAUAGGGGGCUACUCAAUGGUGCCUCACAGAAGGCUGAGGUGAUCAUGAACUACCAUGUUGGGGAGACUGUCCUCUCUCUGCAGAAGACCACUCUGAUCCCCGGGGGGUCCGAGUCCCUGGUCUACACCACACUCUCCGGGGGCAUUGGCAUCCUGGUGCCUUUCACUUCCCAUGAGGACCACGACUUCUUCCAGCACUUGGAGAUGCACAUGCGCUCUGAGUUCCCACCCCUGUGUGGCCGGGACCAUCUCAGCUUCCGCUCCUACUACUUCCCGGUCAAGAACGUGAUUGACGGGGAUCUGUGUGAGCAGUUUAACUCCAUGGACCCCCACAAACAGAAGGGUGUGUCUGAGGAGCUGGACCGCACGCCCCCUGAGGUGUCCAAGAAGCUGGAGGACAUCCGCACGCGCUACGCUUUCUAAACGCUCCGCAGGGCUGAGGCCCCCCGCCCUCCGGCUCCCGGCUCCAAAACUCCAGCCUGAGAGAGAGAGCCAGAUUCUAGACCAAGAGUAAUUGACUUUUUUUAUAAUGUAAUAUGAGGCAGUGGUCAGCCAAUCAGAAGUGUGCUUUGCUCUGUGUGUUCAGCAGUUUUCCCCUGGGGCUUGUGGAAGCCCUGCAGGCCAGAGGGGAAAAAAGGUUUCACCACAGGAAAGAGCCACAUCAGAAUGAACUGAAAUGUUUUUCUGUGUCCUUCGUGUUUGUGGGAGUGUUCUGCACAGUUUGGAGUCUGGAAAGUGCUCAGAAAAGGCUCCUGGCUCUCGGUGCAGGAAGUGUGGAGUGGAGCUAGAUGCUCUGAAGGCAGCCUGAUUCCAUUAGCGUAGCUGCAGUGUAGCACAGCUGGCAGACUGAGCUGGCUGGGAAGCAGCUGACCGCUGCUGCAAACGCCGCCAGGCCUCCCUGUGGCAGGGACUUUGUGUGACUA